UUCCAAAAUUUUCACCAAACUACCACCAACAAAACCAACCGCAAACUGCUCUUUCUCUCUCUACACAUCACUCCUUCUCUCUCCCUCCCUCCCUCUCCAUAUGACUUUAUGUAUUUGUCCUAUAAGUUAAGUUAUCAACAAUCAUAACUGUUGCUUAACGCCUCUCUAAUAACCUCCACCCUACCUUCAAAUCUCUCUCUCUCUCUAGAACUCUCUCUCACCUCAUCACAAUGGACACUCCUCAUUCACCUUCCUCCUGUUCCUCCUCCUCCUCCAAUUAUUCAUGGGAAGGAGGACAAGCUACCGACACAAUUAUUUUAGAAGCUGAAGAGCCGCAAACGCCGUUAGCCGUCCGUCGUGCUCUUCAGCUUCUUAAAUCCGGCGUGCCGGAGUUGCGGCUUCAAGCCGCACGUGAUAUAAGGAAACUCACGAAAACAUCUCAGAGGUGUCGGCGUCAGUUGUCUGAAGCUGUCGGUACGCUUGUUUCUAUGCUCCGAGUCGACUCGGUUGAGUCUCAUGAACCGGCUCUUCUUGCUUUGCUUAAUCUCGCCGUCAAAGAUGAAAAAAAUAAAAUCAAUAUCGUGGAGGCUGGAGCAUUAGAACCAAUACUUAGUUUCCUCAAGUCAGAAAAUCUAAAUCUGCAGGCUUCUGCAGCUGCAGCUUUGCUCACACUAUCUGCCUCUUCAAUCAACAAACCAAUUAUUAGUGGUUGUGGCGCCAUUCCCCUUCUUGUCGAGAUUCUUAGAGACGGAAGCCCGCAGGCAAAAGCUGAUGCAGUAAUGGCUCUCUCUAAUUUAUCAACAUACCCUAAUAAUCUUAGCAUUAUUCUCGAAACAAAUCCAAUCCCUUACAUAGUUGAUAUCCUCAAAACAUGCAAAAAGUCCUCAAAAACAGCUGAAAAAUGCUGUGCUUUGAUAGAACCCUUGGUGGAUUAUGAUGAAUGCAGAACCGCAUUGACAUCCGAGGAAGGUGGUAUUCUUGCAGUUGUGGAGGUUCUCGAAAACGGCACUCUCCAAAGUAGGGAACAUGCUGUUGGAACACUAUUGACAAUGUGCCAAAGCGAUCGAUGUAAAUACAGGGAACCGAUUCUUAGAGAAGGUGUCAUUCCAGGACUACUUGAGCUCACUGUUCAAGGAACACCGAAGUCUCAAACAAAAGCGCGCACCCUUUUGCAACUACUAAGAGAAUCUCCUUAUCCAAGAUCUGAAAUCCAACCGGACACUCUUGAGAAUAUAGUAUGCAACAUCAUAUCUCAGAUUGACGGGGAUGAUCAAUCUGGUAAAGCAAAGAAGAUGCUAGCUGAGAUGGUUCAAGUCAGCAUGGAACAAAGUCUGAGGCAUUUACAGCAAAGGGCACUCGUAUGCACCCCAAGUGAUCUCCCUAUAGCUGGCUGUGCUUCUGAAGUUUCUUUUAAGUAAUAGUUGCAGUUGGCAAACGUUGUAUCUUUUUUCCUUAUUUUUUGUUUUCCAUUUGGGGUUUGUGAGAUAAAAUUUCUAUAGAAAAAAGGGUAAAAAGGGAAUAAUACAUUAUGAAUUAUGCCAGUCCAGGCCAUUGUGGAGGUAUCUAGUGACUGGUAAAUGUCAAUAAGUUAAGUUGUAAGACAUUAAGAAACAUGGUUUUGUAGUUGGUUUUUAAAGAAACUGUUGUAUAAAAUUGCUUACAAUAGUAAAAGCUCUAUGUUCUGUUA